UCCUUCAGCCAAUCACAGCGCAACAUCUGUAAAGAUGGCGGRUGCCUUCCGAAGGCUGUUCGUGCUGCUCCUGGGCUCCUGUUUGAUUUCUGUUUUAUUAGCAGAUAAAGAAAAACCGAAGAAGAAGAAGGACAUCAGAGACUACAAUGACGCAGAUAUGGCUCGGCUCCUGGAACAGUGGGAGGAAGAUGAUGACAUUGAAGAAGGAGACCUUCCUGAGCACAGACGCUCUCCUCCACCCAUCGAUUUCUCCAAGGUGGACGCGUCCAAACCAGAGGAGCUCCUGAAGAUGUCAAAGAAAGGCCGGACCCUGAUGGUGUUUGCUACGGUGUCAGGAAAUCCCACGGAGAAGGAGACGGAGGAGAUCACAGGUCUGUGGCAGGGCAGCCUCUUCAACGCCAACUACGAUGUUCAGAGGUUUGUGGUGGGUUCUAACCGGGUCAUCUUUAUGCUGCGGGACGGCAGUUUGGCCUGGGAGGUCCGGGACUUCCUGGUGGCUCAGGAGCGUUGUGCKGACGUGACGGUGGAGGGUCAGGUGUUUCCAGGUAAGGCUGCCGACAACAACGCAACCAAGAAGAAGAAGAAGAAGGUGGAGGACAAGAAGCCUGACCUGCAGGGAAACAGGGCUGCUCCUCUCAAACAGGAACUGUGAGGGAGUGUUCUGAUGGACUUCCUGUGUCUUCCAGCCAAUCAGUGAGCUUCUGCAGGAUCACAUGAACUCARGUCAGACUGUUGGGUCUGUGAAACCUGAAGAGUUAUCGAUUCAGUUCAAAUCCUCUGUUUCUAUUGAAAUGACUGAAAACCAAUCACAGCACAUUAUUUUUAUUUUUAUAUUUACGUUCUGUUGGUCCUGACAAACACGUGGUUCUGAUCCAGAGUUCUGCUCUGGAUGCUUUGAUUUGUCACUGAACACGAAAAUAAAACUUUUCAUGAAAUAAAAAGUAGUAUUUCAAUCCUGGGCUGAGGAUCAGUGGACCUGCAGGGUCUGAACACUAAAACCUGGUCCCAUUGGACCCCUGCAGGUCCAUCAGGGACCUGGUUCCAGUUCAGACCACAGGCRGGGCUCUCCUCCCUGUUCAAGAAAAGGUUUGAUUUUUGUGUUUUAAUUCAUUUCAUCCUGGAUGAAAGUUUAAGAAAACAGUUUGUAAUUGUUCACAGAUAAGAACAGUUUUUACAUCUGGUCAGUAAAAUGUUUGUUUGUGGACAGAAACCUGCAGAACAACACAAACAUGUUUUAUUGUUUCUUACAGGAAAAACAUUCAAACAUGUUUUUAUUUUUUACAAACAGAAGCUGAGUUUACAGCCUGACCCUGAAGAAGUGAUGAAACAUGUGACUCAUCAUCUCAGACUGAGGAUGAAAUGAUCUCAUUCCUGCUUUAAAAACUACAUUUAGACACCUGGAUCAUCCUGAUGUCAUCAGUUUAUCACAYAUAUGAUACAUCACUGUUUGGUCUGAAGCCUGAUUUUAUGCACAUUUAUUGAGUCAUUUUUCAUGUGAAUAAAGAGGAAACCAAAAAUAUA